AUGUCCAGGGUGAAGCUUUUGGAGAGCGCGAACAAGCAGGUCAAUGUCAUCCACUGGCCCAAGUCCAUGAAGAACGAGGAAGGCAAAGACCUCCUACGCUCGUUUCAGUUUCCUAGCCCUGCCGCGCAUAACGACGUCCAUGCGAUCGGCAAUCCCGUCGACAAGGGCACCGAUAAAGAAAAAAGAAUGAUUUUGAAAAUCGAAGAUGUGUGGACGACCGACGCUCCAUUCAAGGACACUGAGAAGAUGUUUGCGGAAGGCAUAGGGCUUUCCGGCCAAGAAUGGCAGCCCAAUCAAAUUCUUGGAGACCCUGGGGUUGAAGCCCUCAUAUCUCACACCCAAAAGUUCUUGCCCCCCAGCGAAUCGGCCACUGAUCUCUCAUCUGCGACCUCACGACAUCACUUGGAGAAGUUCGCACGCCCAGGAUCUGUGGGUGCUGGUUGGGGUGACCAUGACCUCUUCCGCGAGUGGCAGUUGCAUGGACGCCAGGUGAAGAAGUCCAUGGUGGUGGACAAGCAAUGGCGCGAGGUCAACAAGGAAGUCGUUGAAUUCGCCCCUGCUUCUGACUCGGCCGCUGGAACCCAGGGUAAAUCUGUCGUGAUGGAUCUGGAGCGCUUCCCAUCCGACGUCAAUUUCCCGCCGGACACCCUGUUCGCCAAGGUGAACCCCAUCAGGCCUGGUUUUGCACAAGUUGGUCAACAAGGUGGAAAUCGCGGAGGAUACGGCGGGAGUGGUCAAGGAGGUCGAGGUGGUCGAGACGGUUUGAAGAGACAUGCCCAGGAACAGCUGCGCCGACAGGGUGGAGGAGUCAGGGGUUGGGGUUGGUAG